AUGGAAGGAGGCACAAAUGAAAACCUCGAGCUUGCGACUAGCUCGGUGUCUCACGACGCUUGGUGGCAGCAGAGAGUGAAGACUGAGAAGAAUCCAAUAUCCACCACCAGCACAACCCGGGACCUGUCGGCCGCACAUACGUUUCCCAAGGGGCCGGUUGCACCAAGAUCAAGUCUCGGACGGGGCCACGAGCCAUUGUGGCCAUCGACUGGACGAAAUACGCCUCCAGAGAGCGGUGCCGUGUUGCGCAGGCCUAGCGCAUUGGUGCUAUCACCGAUUGACUCUGGGACCUUCCCAACCCAACCAACCCAGCGAGCCGGAUUGGCAUGGCAUCACAGACAAGAGACUCAGUUGCUGUUGACUGGUGAAACUCUGUUCGGGAACCGUGGCCAUGGGCUCUCGGCCACGACGUUCUGUCUAGAACCACUGUCUGUGUCUACGGACUGA